GCGCAUAUGCAGACGGCCUUCCGCUUUGAUGCUGUAAUUUCGUCCCUCAGCUGGACAGCUGCUGGCUUCGGAGUUGCGAGUAAAUUUUGGACACUGUCAUAGUUACCGUGGUUUAAUACUCCGUACAAUUUUGCACAAUUUUUUAUCAGCUUCUCGUGGGUGAGAAGCCCAGUUGCUAUUCAGUUCAGACCUUUCAUCUGAUCGGUGGCGCAUCUGCGUUGCUCGUACGCAACCUUCCCCUUGCCCGGUCGGUCAGACCCCCUUUGCCCCGGCCAAACUCACCCAUCCCUCUUCAGCAUUCUACCAGCUGUUGCGGGAGGGGAGAUCGGCAGCAUUCGUGCUCCUUGCGAGCUGCCUGCAAAUUUGCUUGCUAGGGUUCCGUCGGUGGUCUGUGGGCUCUGCAGGAUCCCGGAAUUGCAUCCGCGCCGAGGGCAAUGGCGGGAAGGCAUACCAUCAUUCUCAUGCAACCAUCGCAGAACAGAGCUACGAGGACAUUUAUGGACUUCGAUUCAGUUAACCACGCACUGGAUGGAAUGUGUGGCCUCUAUGAAAGGAAAAUCAGGAACAUCAACCCGAUGGUCAGGAACUUGACUUAUGAUAUCAGUGACCUGUACAAUUUCAUCGAUGGCCUGAUGGACAUAAGUGCACUGGUGUUCGACGACUCCCUCCAUGCUUUCCUGCCAUAUGACCGCCAGUGGAUAAAACAGAAGCUGUUUCAGCACCUAAAGAGGCUGGCUGAACAGUAGAGCAUGAUCACCGCUGGUUUUCGGCACCGCAUGGGUCGAGGACGAAGGUGCCCGGUUGCUGGUUCAGGCUUGGUUCGAAAUUCCUGGCAUGUUGUGUAAAGGUCUAUCUGGCGCUCUGGCAGUGUGUAGUGUUUGACGUGAACCAUGUGGUUGGCACGGCGACCAGGCACUAUAUGGUGAACUGCGGAACAAAUGCAAGCUUCCAGAUGAUCAUCUCGUUAUUUCUGAGUUC